UGUCGAUGUACAGUGAAUCUAUAAGACCAACUUCUUGCCUUUGAUUGGAGUUAUUCUGUUUUUAAAAAUUUUAAACCCAGCGGAAAUUUUCUUUAGAUUCCACCGCCUCUGUUAAGAAAAAUUUUAUUUCGAUACUCUGGCCAUUAUGUCAAACUACCGAACUGCCUUCCAGGGACCAGGGCAGCGUGGUGAGUUCAGGAGCUAGCUGGCCAACUGUACCACCUGUAAAAGGUGGCAGCUGCUCCAACUGCUGGGAUGCUACGGAAGAGCAGCAGUAACAGUAGCGCCGGCGGGGCAAAGCACACCCAGGUACCACCAAGGCAUCCCUCUAAACCCCGCUCAGAAUUUCUAUCAGCAGGAUCCAACAACACCUGGGCUAUGGGCCGCAGCACCAAGAACCCCAACCCUCUGAGCAGCAUGGGGCUUUCAUCUCGCUUGAUGGGGGCUCCAGGAGUGGACCCAGACUAUGUAAUGCAGCUGGUGAAUGAUGUUCGGUGGUUUGCUGAUGUGUUACUUAAACUCAAGGAUGCUUUUCAGCAUGAAGAAAACCAAGCUGGUCUUCAGGAGGUGGUGCAAGAGCGUUUAGCUGAGUUACUCCGGGUCCUCAAGGCUGUUAUUGGCAAACAUCAGACCCUCAACUCAGUAGACAUUCUUGGAUCUGCUGGCACUGUCAUUGCCAAAGUCAAAGGCAUUAACUUCAAGGAAGUGAACCCAGAAAACGAACAAGCUGUAUUCAGCGAGAUACACACAUCCAUUGACACUUUAGCAUUCACAUUUGGCAAUGUAGUUUCUGACUUCCUUAUGGGAGAUGUGGACAGCAGCUCAGGGUUGGGGGUCCCCCAGACCAGGAGAAGCAGGUCUUUUGACAACCUCUCUGUGGAUCCUAAGCAAUAUGUUCCAGAGAAAAGUGAUCUUGUGGGCCCAGAGGUGCCACUGUCACGAGAGGAAGAGGUCGACUUGACCCUGCAGAAGAAUGACAGCGGGGUGGAAUCUGCUCUGCUCUAUGCGAAGGCCUGGUCCAAGUACAUCAAAGACCUUCUUUCCUGGAUGGAAAAGCGACUGGCCAUGGAUAUUGAGUAUGCUAAAGGCUAUGCUAAAAUGGCUGAGUCUGCAAAGACGCUGGCCAGUCAACAGGUCUACAUGCCAUUCAGUGAUAUCUACAUUUCCACAUUCAAGAAGGACAUUGAUUAUAACCAGCUGAUUAUUCAGACUACAAUGACUCUUCAAACCAAUAAAUUCAUACAGCCUCUUCUGGCUCGCAAGAAUGAACUGGACAAGUUGAGAAAAGAAAUCAAGGAACAGUGGCAGAGAGAACAAAAGAAAAUGCAAGAGGCAGAUGCAACUUUGAGGAAGGCAAGAGCGCUGAAGGCCCAGAGGAGGGAGGAGUACCAGAAAGCCCACUCAUCCACAAACCGCUCCCAGGAGGAGCAGUCUAAUGCUGGAAACAAGCAGCUGGAUAAGAAGAGGAAGAUUGAGGAGGAGGCUCUGCAGAAGGCUGAGGAGGCUCAGGACCAGUACCAGAGCUGCAUGGCUGACGCAGGCGUCAGAAGAAUGGAUCUGGCCAAUGCAAAGAGCACCAUCCUCACACAGAUACGGGAGAUGAUCUUCCAGUGUGACCUCACACUCAAAGCUGUGACGGUGAACUGGUUUCAGAUGCAGCAGUCACAAAGUGCGUCGCUCCCUGCCCACUACCAAGCUCUGACUGAGAGUGCCAAGUUGUAUGAACCAGGACAAUGCUAUGCUGAAUUUGUCCGGAACCUGCCCAAAAAUCUGCCAAAGGAGCGUCUUCACUCUGACUCCAUCUCUGACAGUUCCAGGUUUGUGUUCAGUAAAAGGUCAGUGGGCAGCACUCACUCCUCCCAUGGCAACCUGUCUCAGACAUCCAUUGCCUCUGGUGACGUGUUAAGUGGAGAUGAAAUGGAUAACCCUCUAGUCCGACCUGCAAAGAUCAGUGAGCGAAGGUCCAACAGCAGCACAGACAUACCAGCAUUAAAGGUUCAGGUCCCACUUAGAACCUGGGCUUCCAGUAGUCAGGGUGGGAUGUGCAGUGACUCAGAGAGUGCUGGAGGCAGCAGUGAAUCCAGGUCCAUGGACUCCCCCACUGCCAGCCCAGGUGACUUUAAGCGACGGCUUCCCAGAACUCCUUCCACUGGGACCAUGUCUUCCGCCGAUGAUCUGGAUGAGAGGGAGCCUUCCCCUUCAGAAAAUGAUCUGGCAGAGAUGGUGACGGAGACAGCGAGUUCUCCCGGUCCAUUCCGAAAUGCUCAGAUGUCCAAAGCUGCUCAAACUCACAAGCUAAGAAAACUGCGAGCCCCAUCUAAGUGCAGAGAGUGUGACAGUCUGGUUGUUUUCCAUGGUGCUGAAUGUGAAGAGUGCUACUUGGCCUGCCAUAAGAAGUGCCUGGAGACGCUUGCUAUCCAGUGUGGUCACAAGAAGCUACAGGGCAGGCUACAGCUAUUUGGUAUUGACUUUGCCCAAGCAGCAAAGAACAGCUCAGACGGUAUCCCCUUUAUAAUCAAAAAGUGCACAUCUGAGAUUGAGAGUCGAGCUCUUAACAUCAAGGGCAUUUAUCGUGUGAACGGUGCCAAGUCGCGUGUUGAGAAGCUCUGUCAGGCGUUUGAAAAUGGGAAGGAUUUGGUUGAGCUGUCUGAACUCUCACCCCAUGACAUCAGCAAUGUCCUCAAACUCUACCUGAGACAGCUACCAGAGCCAUUGAUCCUGUAUCGAUUCUACAAUGACUUCAUCGGCUUGGCCAAAGAGUGCCAGAGGGUUAUAGUGGAGGAGGCUGAUAAACCUCAGAGCACCCAGCCCAAAGAGAAAAGUGGACCAAGUGUUCAGCUGAACAGAGUCCUUUUCAAGAUCAGAGACCUACUCCGUCAGCUGCCCACAGCCAACUACAAGACUCUACGUUACCUUAUCACACAUUUACACAGAGUCGCUGAACAGGCUGAGGAAAACAAGAUGACGGCGAGUAACCUGGGCAUUAUCUUUGGCCCCACGCUGGUGAAGCCACGGCAGAUUGACGCAGAAGUGUCCUUGUCCUCCCUGGUGGACUACCCUUACCAGGCUCUGAUGGUGGAGCUGCUUGUGCGACACUUCCAGACCAUCUUUGACGUGUCCUUCCUGUCUCAUUCUGAAAGUGCCACGGCUGGUCAGGCAUCACCCAAGUUGACCCAGCAAGAGAAGGUGCGACGACUUAGCAGAUACUCAGCCUCCCUGAUGGACAUAAAAGAGAGUGCCAAAGUGUACAAAAGGUACUCAUCAGUAAUUCCAUCUUCCCACAUCCUGGAUGAAGUUCAGAAGGUCCAGCCAGGAAAAGACAGAACGGAGGUCUCAGCAUUGGACCGACUCAAUGGGAUCCAGACCUACAGUGGGGGAGAGGUCCAGAGGACAGCCCCGGCAUGUGCCAGUCCCAGCACAACCUUCUCCUCCACAGUUUCAACGGCACCAAAGGUCCAGCUACGCACCCAGCGUAUCAGGCAUGUGUCCCGACCUAUCAGCAUGCCUCUGGAACGCUUGCCUGCCCCGGCUCAGAUCAGCGAUAAGAAUAAUAGAAACAAUUCAUAUAGCGUUGAUGGAGGCUCUGGCACCACCACUGAAACAAUACAGGAGAUGCCAGAGCCUGACAAAGUUCGCCAAAGCGGUUCGUCCAGGGUGAGCACCUAUUACAUAACUCCUUUUAUAGAUACACAGACUAUGCAAAGGAAAACCUGGGACAGAAAGUAUAAGCAUUAUGAUGUAACUCCCAGAACUGCUAUGAUAGUUGCCAACCUACCGCCUGCCAGUUCUGGACUGCAGCCCUUGAAGGCAGUGGUGCCCAUCACUGCCAGCCCAACAGCAACCACUUCCUCUGUGGUCCCUGCUACAACUAGCGUGAGCACCGUACUCUCCAGAAACUCUCACACAGUGUCAGUCAAGCCUGUUUGGACUUUUAAAAGGGAAACAUACACAGAAAAUGUAGCCAGUGAGUCAAGCAGCUCACCAAACUUUCCACUUACACUCAGGGCACCAAGAACUCUUCAGCCUCCUCCUGAAACAUUCUACCAACCCCCAAUUUCCAUUAACAGCAGAGCUAGGACACUUCCAAACUGGACUACCACUGUAACAACCAUCACCACCACCUCCACCACCUCAUCACUUGCCAACCCAGCCCAAAUAGUCACCUUAUCCCUGUCUCCCGCCCUGACAAGCCCCACAAAGACAGGGCUCCAGACACAGGACUCCACAGACAGUGCCAUUGACCCUGGAGUCUCUUCCUCCACUACCCUUUCACCUCCCCAGUCUCCACCCCCCAGCAGUCCAGACGACCUCAGCCCCAGUGAAAAUAAACCCAUUUACCAAAGACUGCGACCUCGGAGGUUGCAAGAGCUCGAACACAGAGAAGCUCAUUUUGUCUGAAACCAAAUCAAGAUAUUGUAUCUGUAAAUAUAAAUAUAUAUGUGCAUAUGUUUUUAUCAGCAAACAGAGAAUGGGAGAAGACGUGUCUGUGAAAAUAAACCAUAAAAGUGUUAAACAUACUAAUAUAUUCUAUUUUACAUAUUAAAGGCAGUGCCAGUGGUUGGUCCAAGCAUGUAGCCAAUGUGAAAUGACUUUAUUGUCAUGUUUUUGAACAGUUUGAUGACUUUUUUGAUGGUAUAUCAGAAAGGAAAUGGAUUUUUGUCAGUUAAAAACUGUGAGCUGACCAUUUUUCCUGUUCAGUGUUUAAAUUGGCUACGAAAUUAUAUUGUAAACGAUGCACUUAAAGGAGGUUUAAAUUGUGAUGCUCCCUUUUAUUCACAAAAUUAAUGAUGUAUUGUGUUACACUAGGACAAUGUGGAAGUGUUCUUAACACAACGUUCUUAAUGAUAAAGAUUUUAUUUUUUUGUUUGUUAAAUGUAUCCACUUUUAAGAUUGGUACAUAUUUUCUCAGUAUGUAAGCCUUCCAGUAUGUAUCUGUUUACGUUUUAUAUUUAUUCAUACAUACUCAAUGUUUGUCACAGUAAUUUUGGCUCACUGCAGAAUUGUGACUUUACAGGAGGUCAAAUGAAAUGCAACAGAUCUUGAUGCAAAUUAAAAGCAUUUAAACUAUCA